CACUCCCUCAAUCCCUCAGCCGAUCUGCAGUCUAUCACUCCAUCUGUCCAUCUGCGCCUCAGUCCCUUGCCUAACCGGAGUCACUACCGUCCCUCGCCACACCGCCCUCACGCUAAAGCUUCAAGCCGCCGUCACGCAGUCCGAGCUCCAUUGUCGGUCGCCAGUCCAGGCUCCAGCCGUGUCCCGCCGGUCACGCCACUGCCUAUCCUCACCCACUAUGUAAUAUUUGUAAUGAUCCAAUAGCUUUCUUGUUGAAGCAUUUCCUUCAGUUGAAUGGGCCUCCUUUGAAAGAUUAAAUUGAACAGAUUCUGAAGAGUGGCAUUCUUGCAGAAGAGCUUCUCCACUCCACCGUCACGGACGACGGUUCAUCACUUCUCCCUCGUCUCUCACUGCCCUCGCUCCUCUGUCCUCACAUCCUCAGACGGUCAGACCUCACUUCAUCGACUUAGCCAUCUCAGCGGCGACCGUACGGGACUCAGCGGUUCUGUGGACCUCACCUCAGCCAGUCAGCCCUCUGCAGCUCUGCUUCACUGAGUCACUGUAAAUCCAAGGCUCAAGUAACCGAAAGAAACAGGCAAUCUGUUGGUUAUAGCAUUUACUUCGGUCGGGUAUGACAGUCAAAAAUUCCAAUUGUUUUUUUGGUCUGUUAUGUAGCCGACCGUUAGCUCACCCUAGUUAGGUGUUUGAGUGUUUCUGCUUCCGGUCUCUGCCUCUUCUAUUGUUUGUAAUCUGAAAUUUCCAGCCUUCAAGGCUGGAAGUCGAAGACUGGAAAUUCAGAGCCAAGCUACUUCCCCAACAUUGUUCUCGAGUCUCCAAAAAAAGUAUUCGAGAUCGAGAAGCCAUUGAAGGAACUCUUGCUCUCAUUUCCAGCUCAGGAAAUCAAUAUUGGUCACCUGCUUCAUGGCAAUCGAUAUUCAAACCUCAGCAUGUUGGCGGAAACACUCUCCCGGGGAAUCCAACGUUGUUUCAAAUCCAAACCGGUUUCCCAAAACCUCUUUCCUUUAUCAACCUUCAUUAGACACAGUCAUUGCUUUCCCGACCGGAGCUUUGAAGAUUUCCCGGAGAACUGCCGCGAACUCGCCCACACUGAUCGCACUCUGGACCCAGAGUCCACUUCAAGCGGCGCCACCGCUCUCGAAAUUCAAACCAUUCUCAAGCUUCAGGCCAACAAAUCGAUCACUGGAAUACAUAGCUCUAUCAGCGAAAGAAGUUUUGCCUUGACGGAGGAGUUGGUUCUCGAUGUGCUUAAACGGCACCGUUCUGAUUGGAAGCCAGCAUAUGCAUUCUUCAGUUGGGUGCUAGAAGGGGGAAACCGCACUGGGUACUCGCCGGGGUCUGGUGUUUACAAUGAAAUGCUCAACAUUAUGGGAAAAAUGAGACGUUUUGAUGAAUUGAACCAGGUGCUCGACGUAAUGUCUGAAAGAGGAAAUUUGUUCAGUGAAAGAACAUACGGCAUUGUUGUUAACAGGUAUGCGGCAGCUCACAAAAUUGAAGAAGCUAUACAAUUUUUGUACAAGAGGAAAGAGCUUGGGCUAGAGAUUGAUUUAAUUGCUUUCCAAAUACUGUUAUUGUCAUUGUGCCGGUACAAGCACGUUGAGGCAGCAGAGUUCUUGUACCAUAACAAGAAAAAGGAGUUCAGGGAUGAGAUCAAAACGAGAAACAUUAUCUUGAAUGGCUGGUGUGUUUUGGGGAGAUUACGGGAAGCCAAGAGGUUUUGGAAUGAUAUUGUGACUUCUAAGUGCAAGCCUGACAAGUUUACAUAUGGGAUAUUCAUCAAUUCAUUGUGUAAGGCUGGAAAAAUAAGCACAGCAGUGAAAUUGUUUCAGGCCAUGUGGGAGAAAGGGUGCAAGCCAGAUGUGGCUAUCUGCAAUUGCAUCAUUGAUGGGUUGUGUUUCAAGAAGAGGAUUCCUGAGGCUCUUGAGAUUUUCCGAGAAAUGAAUGAGAGAGAUUGCUUACCAGAUACUGCUACUUACAAUUCAUUGAUCAAGCAUAUGUGCAAGAUCGGGAGGAUGGAGAAGGUGCAUGAGCUUUUGGGGGAGAUGGAAGAAACCGGCAAGGGCUGUUCACCAAAUGCUAGAACUUACGGUUACUUGAUAAAGUCUGCGAAGAAUCCAGAGGAAGUUUCACAGAUCUUGGAAAGAAUGGAGAAGAAAGGGUGUAAGAUGAUAGGGGAUACUUGCAAUCUGUUGUUGAGGCUGUAUAUGAAUUGGGAUCUUUAUGAAAGAUUGAAAACUACUUGGGAUGAGAUGGAAAGGUGUGGACUUGGACCUGAUCAGCGAUCUUACACGAUUAUGAUUCAUGGCUUGUUUGAGAAAGGAAGGUUAGAGGAUGCAUUGCAGUAUUUCGAUGAGAUGACAUCGAAGGGAAUGGCACCAGAGCCGAGGACAAAAUUGUUGGUGGAUGCCAUGAACAUUACCUUGAAAGACAAGGGAAUUGGCUCAGAGAAGGUGGGAACAAAGAACAAUGCAAAGAAGCAUACGAGAAACUGAAAGUAAUGUCUUAACCUUCAACAAAACCAGCCUAAGGAAGAGAUAGAAGAAUAUGACUGCUUUCAUGGACGCAGGCUUAUGUUCAUUUCUCAAGCACUGUAUUUUGGAUUCUUUGGGGUCCAACUACGGUGGUAUGAUUUUAAUGGAGCAGUUAGUUCAUUUCAUUUGGUGUUAUUUGUCUAAGUUUAUUGACGAAAUUCAUCAUUACAUAUUAAUGUUCAGUUAAAUGAUUUGCAUGAGACAUGCCAGGUUGUAGAUUCCACUUUCUAAAACACACAUUUGAUCGAAAUAUAACCACAUGAAUUUCACUUUU